AUGUGGAGGCACAGAGGUACAUUUCGGACUCCUUACCUCUUCCGGUUCCCAAAUUUGGUCCAUUUGAUGUUCCUCCCUUGGAUUGAGACCGUUUCACUCAUGUUUGUCCUCAUAGUCAUGUGUAGAACUAUUAAUCCAUGUUUGGUAAGUAUGGGUCCAUCUAGUUCAUCUUAUACACUACAAGUGAGUUUCCACAAUGUGGAGGCACAGAGGUACAUUUCGGACUCCUUACCUCUUCCGGUUCCCAAAUUUGGUCCAUUUGAUGUUCCUCCCGAUGACCGUUUCACUCAUGUUUGUCCUCAUAGUCAUGUGUAG